AUGGCGCGUUAUGAAAUGAGACUAUCCUACCGGAUUGGUGCGGCUGCACUUAUCAUCCUCGCCAUCAUCCUCAUUAAACGCCACCUCGACCUCGUCCAGGAUGAUGCGCGCGUUCAGUCCGGCUGGAGUUUCAGCUCCUUCUCCGCCGAAUCUGCAGCGGAUGGCAGCAGCAACAAUGUGAACAGUGGCAACGACGGGGUGUCAACUCCGAAGAACUCGAAACCUAUUCUUACCGGCAGCGACAACAGCAACAGCAAUGGCAAAACCAAAGGCUCCUCCGAUUCGGCCGUCUCGCGUCCACUCUACGAAACCACUCCCAUUAUCGUCCCGAAUGAUCGCGUUAUCGUCAUGGCAAAGUUAUCUACCGAGGACACCAGCUGGGUGAGCAAUGAUCUGGCAGAAUGGCGCAACGUCAUCUACACCGUCGACGACGUGACCGCACCCCGGCACACCCCCAAGAACAAGGGUCGCGAAUCGCUCGCCUACCUCCAAUACAUCGUGGAUCAUUACGACGACCUCCCCAGCACGAUCGUCUUCCUCCACAGCCACAAAGACGGCUGGCCCGGCGCCUGGCACACCGACACCAUGGCCUACAGCAACGUGGAUUCCAUCCGAGCCUUACAAACCGACUUCGUGCAACGAAACGGCUACGUCAACCUCCGGUGCCAGCAGACGCCCGGCUGUCCCGAUGAGAUUCGCCCCUUCCGAGACCCCCCGCAAUUCGGAAAGACGGCGGAGCGCGUGUACGCGCAGGCGUGGGUGGAGCUGUUCAACAACACCAACGUACCGGAUGUGGUUGGAGUGGCGUGCUGCUCGCAAUUCGCUGUGUCGAGGGAGCAGGUCCUCAAGCGGCCAUUGGAGCACUACACGUGGUUCUAUGACUGGGUGUUGAAUACAGGGUUGUCGGAUGAUUUGAGUGCCCAUGUGAUGGAGUAUACAUGGCAUAUUAUUUUUGGAAAGGAUCCGGUCUACUGCCCCGACGCCUAUCAGUGCUACCAGGAUGUCUACGGCAAUCCUUAUUUCUGGUGA